GCCCCGCCUCGUAGUGUGAUACACCGCCUCUUCGCUCCUUGCCCCGCCCCGGGGGCUCUAGGCCGCGCCGUUGCGGCCGUGGGGCGGGGUUGCCGCUUCCUCCCCGGCGGGGCCGAGGCCGGGGCACGGCCCAGGCGAGGUGCACCCGGCGGCCGCAGGGAUGCACGGCGCCGCUAUCCCCGACGAUGUCCGCGGGCUCUUGGCGGAUGUCGACACAUUUAUUUCCCAAACACUAAAAGGAGAAAAUUUGUCCAAGAAAGCAAAGGAAAAAAGGGAUAUUCUUCUUAAGAAGAUAAAAGAUGUUAAGGCAAGUUACCCUCAAGAAUUCCAGGAUAAAGAUUUGGAAGAUGAGGAAGAGUCAGAGAGCUCCUUUUCUUCACCUCCUGACAGUGCCUCAAUAGCAUCUGACCGAUGUGAUAGAGAGGAUGAAGCACAUUCUGAUGGGAAUCAGUUUCCUCCUAUUGCAGCUCAAGAUCUCCAGUUUGUUCUGAAGGCCGGAUAUCUGGAAAAACGCAGGAAAGACCACAGUUUUCUUGGCUUUGAAUGGCAGAAGCGUUGGUGUGCUAUCAGUAAGACGGUUUUCUACUAUUAUGGAAGCGACAAAGACAAACAACAGAAAGGUGAAUUUGCCUUAGAGGGCUACACCAUCAGAAUGAAUAAUAGCCUUCGGAAGGAUGCAAAGAAAGAUUGCUGUUUUGAAAUCUCCGCUCCUGAUAAGCGCAUUUAUCAGUUUACAGCUGCCACUCCCAAAGAAGCUGAGGAAUGGGUACAGCAAGUGAAAUUUGUAAUUCAAGAUAUGGGAUCUAAUAGUAUUCCUGAGGAGGAGGAAUAUGAUGAUGUUGGACAUGCAAGCAGUGAGCCAACAGAUGACAGUAUUUAUGAAGAACUUCCAGAAGAAAAUGCUCCUCCAAAGACUGAAACACCAAGGAAAUGGAGCCAGGAGAAAGUAGCCACUGCUUCAGAUGGCAAAAAUACCGAUUAUGCCAAUUUCUAUCAGGGUCUGUGGGACUGCACCGGAGAUGUACCUGAUGAGCUGACAUUUAAGCGUGGUGAUGUUAUCUACAUUCUCAGCAAGGAGUACAAUAGAUUUGGCUGGUGGGUAGGAGAAAUGAAGGGAACCAUUGGCUUGGUGCCUAAAGCCUACAUAAUGGAGAUGUAUGAUAUUUGAGAGGCCUGGGAGAAAUCGGCGCUUGGAAUCAGGAUGUGGUGUGCAGCUGCAGUUUACAGACCUGACCUCUGAGAGAUGAAGAUUCUGCCGUACACAUUUUGUGGUUUCAGUGAACGCAGUCAGAUCGUAGCCUUGUAGAUACUGAAACAUUAAACACUGGAAUUGACCACUGCGGAAAUGUUCUCGGUCCCCUUUCUAUAGAUAUUGCAAUGCUAGGAAAUGAAAUAGAUGGCAAUUAACAUAUGGGGCACAAGCAGUCACAUAGCGCCUGUUGCUCUUGAGUGUAUUAGCAGUGCUAUAUUGCUAUAGGCUUGUGUUCUAAGCCGUGCUGCUUGGCUGUGUUCACAUUGCUCAGGUUUAGAAAAAUUAAGCUGAACUUUGAAAGCAGAAAACGAUUGCUCUGUUCACGCAUAUGUUAAUUACUGCAGUAGUUCACUGUAUGUUUUAUUUUGUGUUUUCUAUGAAAAUCAAAGGAAAUUUCUAUGUAAUAUUGUAAGUCUUAACAUUGUUCUGCUUCCAAAUGUGUUUUCUUGCUCAUUUGCAUUCUUUAAUUUUUAAAAUUUUUUUACAUUUCAGCCAGUGAUUUAUUUUUCUUCUGUGUUUAGCAUCGUUAAUAUGAGCCACUAAUGUUACUACAAAAUGAAGGCUUGAUUCUUGUGCUGAUGUCUGUCAGGCUGUGUGGGUUAGCGUUCUGACUUGCUGAAUUAUAAAUUACAUGAACAUUUGGCAAAGAUGACGCAUUAAAACACUUUCUGGUAAGUGAGCUAAAUUGCAGGUGGGAAUGAUGUUGCAGGUGGUGGUGGUGAAGUACUUUUAAAAUCUAAACUUGUAAAGGGAUGCUUGCCACCUUAAUGCCACAUCCAGAACUUUGUAGCUACAGAGCGUCAGCUGAGGCAAACAGACAACUCCUCUAUAAUACUCUCUCUAGUUGGCAAGGAGUUGGCCACGUCAGAGUUAAUGCUUAUUUGGGAGAUCUGUGUUACUGUUAGCAUGCAGGAUCCUCUGUUACGGAUCCUCCCACCCAGUAAUGUGUGAGGGCCGGGUGGGCGGCCUGAGCGCACUGAGCCUGGGCAGGCCCUGCGCUUCUCACAUGUGUGCACUGGGGCAGCCCCCUGUGCUUGUGGUUCAGAGGUGAUGCCGAGCUAAACUCAGGGGUAGGGCCUGCAGUCAGCUCUGCUGCCAUGCAAUAAUUUAGCUACUUUACGGUGCUUUGUGGUACACUGGAUCUUAAUAGGAGUCAAACAGGGUGCAGAGUUUUGUUAUUAUUUUUUAAAGAAAUAGCCAUUUGCAAUAGGCUCGGUACAUUAUCAGUGAAAUGUUCAAAUGAUAGAUUAUAGUCUUCAGCUCUUUUACUACUUUAAUUCAUCAAGAGGGCUGUGCACUGAAUGCAAAGCGUUAAUCUCGAGGCUGCAGAAACCCCACUUCCCUGGCCGUCACGAAAUGCGCUCCCCGAGAUGCUUCUCUCCUGUCCCCCCUCCUCCUCCUGGGCUGGGGUCAGUAGGGCACAGCCGACCCCCGCCGCAUCGCUCCGCACACCCUGUCCGGCAGGUGGCAGCAAAGCGUCGCGUCGCGGCCCGUCCCUCCUGCGGGCUGCCCGGGAGAGGGCGCCCUUCCCCCGGCGAUGGACCCGGCCCAUCCAAAGGGGCGGAGGAGCCCCUUUGUCUGCGGGGGAAGGGCCCCCUCUUGGGGCUCAGGGUGGGAGGCGAGCGCUCCAAAGAAGAGAGAAGUCACUCGGAGGGUCAUGGAUAAAGCAGCGGAUGGACUGUUCGCUUUCAACCUGUGUUAAAUACCAUCACCUUGUUUGGAGGAAAAAAAAACACCUCCGCCAGCGCUACCUUUGCACAAAACUCAAGGUUAAAAACACCGAUUGCCUUAUUGUCGUCGUUAGCUCAGGUCUGUCUCUUUCCCUGUUCUGUUCAAUGCAGCGGUAAGGCCCGUUUUGUGCGGCGUUUUGCUGCCUUAUUUGCUCUGUGUUUGUGCCGCGCUGCCAUUAGAUCUUACAGUAAUGUUCUACUCUGCAAAUUUUUAAGGUUCAAAUAAAGUUUAAUUGUUUGCAAACUGUUAUGAUGCUAAUAA